ACAUUUUGUUUAUCUGGACACCGUGAUGAUCUUACCGCUCAAAGCAUCAACAGCCGCGAUUGUCCUUCAGUCUUCAGGUUUUUCUUUGCCCGUAGCGUUUUAAUGUAAUAUAUGAUAUAAUUACUUUUAUUUUAAGAGGUAUUUUAGCUAGUCGUGGCUAAUUUUGCUUUAUAAACGAAGGAGGAAGGCAUGGCUACCGGCGAAAUAUCCGAGCACAUUUUUUGCUUUCAGUCUGUCAGAUGCCUCUCUGCUGGAUAAUCGUUCAUGUUUUUUGCUGAAUUAAGUUAUCACUACUGCCAAAGGAAAACUACGGUGCCAUUUCCAAAAAGAUUGUGUCUGUUGCCAAUCCUUCAGUGUCUGUUUAAACCAUGGAGACUACUCAGGUCAAUUUGGUGGUGAGAGGAGAGACUUCCACAGGUGAGGUAAUUGCAGUUGUUGGAAGUUGUGAAGCCUUGGGCAACUGGAGCCAUCAAAAGGCUGUGACGCUGCACCCUUUAGAAGAUGAUGUUGGUACCUGGACUGGCACUGUUAAUGUACCAAAAGGAGCUGUUCUUAACUACAGAUACUUUAAAGGCUUCUUCUUGGAGUCUAAGAAUGCAGGUGGCCCAUGUCAAGUCAUAGUCAAUGUGUGGGAGACGCACCUCCACCCACGCACCAUGACCCCUACAGCUUCCCUUUUGAACAUUGAUGACGGCCAAUUUGGAAUUCACAAUGGAGUUUGUUGUGUGGACUCGGGUUGGCUCACGUGUCAGACUGAGAUCCGCCUUCGUCUGCACUAUUCCAAGACUCCUCCAGUUUCCAUCACCAAGAAGAAAUUCAAGAAGUCCAGAUUCAGGAUUAAGCUGACUCUGGAGGGCAUUGAGGAGGAGGAAGAUGAGGCAGAGGAGGAGCACAGCGCAGCGUCAUGGCACAAAAUGACCACCAUUUUGGGCAUUAGCAUGAUUAGUGCUGAAGGCUAUAAGUCUCGCCACUCUCAGCCUGAUUGUGGCUACGCCCUGGAGCCCUCCCGCUGGACAGAAUACAGCAUCCACACCAUGGACCCCGAUAAUCUGGAACUCACGUUUGAGUUUUUUGAGGAGGAUCUGAGUGAACAUGUGGUACAGGGAGAUGUGCACCCUGGAUAUGUGGGCACGGCCUGUCUCCUCUCCUCCUUAUUUCUGGAGAGUGGGAAAGACAUCGGGGUCGUGACCCUCCCCAUCAUGGGACGAAACUCCAGACAGACCAUUGGGAAGGUUAAAGUGGAUUUUUUGGUGAUCCGCCCGAUCCGUGGUCUUCAGUGUGACAUGAGCUCUUCGUUUGCAAAAUACUGGAAGAAGAGAAGCACUUUAGAUGUGGGGCACAGAGGAGCAGGCAGCACCCACUCAGACAAACAUCACAGAAUCAGGGAGAACACAAUUGCUUCAUUCAAAAGUGCUGCCAAGAAUGGAGCUGCUUAUGUAGAAUUUGAUGUUCACCUUUCUAAAGAUGCUGUCCCCGUAGUGUACCAUGAUCUGACCUGCUGCAUCGCAACUAAGAAGAAGAAAAACGACAAGACUCUGGAGCUUAUUGAGGUGCCAGUUAAAGAUUUGACUUUUGACCAACUUCAGCUUCUAAAGCUGGCUCAUGUUGCUGCCAUGAACGGAACUGACCACCGAGAACUGGAGGACGAAGAUGAAAUAGAUGAACACCAGCCCUUCCCUUCACUGUCACAGAUAUUUCAAGCCAUGCCUGAAAAUGUGGGAUUCAACAUUGAACUGAAAUGGAUCUGCCAAAUGAAGGAUGGGUCAUGGGACGCUAACCUCUUGACCUACUUUAACAUGAACACUUUUCUGGACAUCAUUUUGUCGUGCGUACUGCAGAGAGGAGGAAACAGACGUAUAGUGUUCUCUUCAUUUGACCCAGAUAUUUGCACCAUGGUUCGAAACAAACAAAACAAGUACCCGAUUCUGUUCCUGACUCAGGGCAUCUGUGAGCGCUACCCUGAACUCAUGGACAUACGCUGCCAGACCACGCAGAUCGCCAUUAGCUUUGCCCAGGGUGAGAACAUCCUGGGAAUCAGCGCUCACACAGAGGAGCUGCUGAAGCAUUUGAACUACAUCGAGGAGGCCCAGUCUAAAGGCCUGGUGGUUUUCAGUUGGGGAGAAGACAACAAUGACCACGAGAACAGGAGGAAACUCAGAGAAAAAGGCAUAGAUGGAAUCAUAUACGACAGAAUUGGUGAGGACCAAGUAGAGCAGCUGGGCUUCUUCCAGGUGGAGGCGCAGCAUUCUCUGGGGGAGGUGAUCACAGAGGAGACCCUGAAAAGCUCCACCUGCUCCUGUUACUCCAUCCCCUGCUCCUCCAUCCCCUGCUCCUCUGUGGACUUAUGCACCUCCAAGGCCAGGGCUGGAAGUGCUGAGUCCGAUUCUGGUCUCAGCUCCUCCUGAAGAACAAAAAACAAAAAAAUCAUUCACAAAUAUGGAAAUACUCUCUAAGAAUGUUGGAGAAUGGACUCUAAAGAUUUGGGCAAAAGCUGGUUCAUUUGUAAAACACAUCUUCACCUCACUUUUUCACAAAAUGUCUGCUAAGGAUGGACGGAAAUUAGCCUAAUUCUGAACCAGGACUGAACCAGGACUGAACCAGGACUGAACCAGGACUGAACCAGGAAAUCAGGGUAAAUUUGGUUAUCUAAACUAGGCAAAACCAGGUCCAAUAUACAGUAGGACUAAAACAGGUCUUUACUAAACUAGAUCUGAGCCAGGAGUAAACCUAAUCUAGAGACUAACCCAAAACUAAACUAGGACUAAGCCAGGUCUAAAAUAGGCCUUUAUCAGGUCUAUAUCAGGUCUAUAACAGGUCUAAACCUGAGACUAAAAUGGAGGCUAAAACUGAGGCUAAACUGAGAUCAAACCAGAUCUAUAACAGGUCUAAACCAGGUCUGCAACAGGUUUAAACCACCUCCAAGGCCAGGGCCAAAAGCGUAAAGUCCGAUUCUGGUCUCAGCUCCUCCUUUAAAAAAAAACAAAAAAAAAAAAACAUUCACAAAUAUGGAAAUACUGACUAAGAAUGUUGGAGAAUGAACUUAGACAAAAUAUGGGCAAAAGCUGGUUCAUUUGUAAAACUAUUUUCACUUCACUUUUUCACAAAAUGUCUGUGAAGGAUGGACCAAAAUGAGCCUAAUUCUGAACCAGGACUAAACCAGGUCUAAAGGCAACCAGGUUAAAUUUAGGUAUCUAAACAAAAUCAUGUCUUAUGUAGAAAUAAAACAGGUCUUUACUAAGAUGGAUCUGAGCCAGGAGUAAAGCUAUUCUACAAACUAAACUAGGACUAAACUACGACUUAACUGGGAUCAAACCAGGGCUAAACCAAGUCCAACCAUGGAAUAAACCAGGACUAAACCAGGUCUAAACCAACCCUAACCAAAGAUGUUUUUUAAAAAAGUGAACAUAUUAAAUUUAAUUAAAAUGGGAACUAACCCCUGACUGUCCCCAGAUGAAGUCCGUGUACUACUUUUUGAGAACCGCUGCUCUAGUCCAAUCAUUUUGAGCCAAGUAUCACAGGAUUUAGCUUCCACAAUGUCUUCUUUAUUUCAUUCAAAUGCUGAUUUUCUAAAGAGGCCUGGGAAAAGCAUCAAUGAUUGUGGAAUACCAACAGACUGGUGCUUUUUGGUAUAUAUUUAUUUAGCCAUUUUUCUGCAUUUAUUGCUAGUUAAAGUGCUAAAAUUCUUCCUUGUGUAGAUUGUAACCAGAUUGUAAAUUUAAAAGGACUCAUUUAGUGCAUUUAGUGUAGCUUUAUACCAAAUUGAAUAUGGAUACACAGUUGACCAUGGUUGAGGUAUUUGCCAUAUUGAAAGGUAUUGUUAUAGAAGGAUCUCUAUUCUCUUUGCAGAAUGAGGAACAAUGGAGUGUUUUAAAGAUGCACUGUGUAACUUUUCCGGUAGAGGAUCUGCUGUAUUUUGCUUGCCGCUAUGGAGAUGUUGCUUUGUCACUGGAAUGUUCCGCAGUAUGGCCUUAACCACCUCCAAGGAGAUAUUUAAGUUUAAGUGGUGCUACCAAGCCAGGUCAACGUUCUUAAUGUAUUUUUGAGCAAUUUUAACUCCUAAUAGUUUAAAGUCAUACUAAGGAACAUUUUAGGCAGCAGACAAAGCAAUAAAACACUCCAGAAAAAUUACAUAAUGCACUUUUAAGAUAACCUUGCUAUUCCUUGCUAUUUUGCUUUGCUUUCUCUAUGUGCUACUUACUUCACUUGAACUACCUUUAACUUAAAUGAAUGCAGAUUUUUUUAAUGUUAUUUAUUCAUUAGCCGUGGGCCUUAGAGGGGAAUGUUUGUACAUUGGCUGUAUUCUGUUCUGUAUCUCACUUUAUAACUUAAACUCAUAAAUGCAUCAAAGUGUUGCGUUCAGAUUGACAAAUGUUGUUUUGUUUUACUGUUUUAUGAGCUUGCAAAGUUCAAACCACCUAUAGCAGAAGUAUUAACACAAAAUUUAGAUGAGAAUAUUUACAAUUUGACAUUUUUAAACUGCAAAUUCGAAAAAGAUAUGUUCUUAAUUUGAAAAUGACAGAUCCCCUUUUAUUGAAGGCACUAAAGGUCCUAUAUUACACAAAAUUGAUUCUUGUGAGUUUUAAGCCAUGUUAUAAUGUUGUUACCUUCGCAAAAGCAUAUACAGAGUUGUCUUUAUCAUACACACAUGUUUAAGUAACCUUUUAUUAUUGGUCUGUCUACAUCUCCAAAGCUCAAAAUGCUCCGUUGCACAAUGUCAUGUCAUGAAGCUGUAGUUUUCAAGUUCAAAUUCCAGGGCUGAAAUCAUCCAAAUGAUUCUAGUGAAUGUGUUUGGACUUUAAAAACACAGUGGAGCACUUUCUGGUAUAUUUAUUUAACAUGGAAACAAGAAACAACAUUAUAACAGAACAGAAGAUGGCGUAAUAUGGGCCCUUUAAGAAAUUACAUGAACGCAACUUUUUUUUUUUUUUGCUUCCACCUUGCAGUUAUUUUCAUUGCAUGUGUUAGUUCUAGGUAAAAUGUCAGGGGAAUUACACUUGAAUUACUGCAUCUUUUUGUAUAGAAUAAAUGUACAGCAAUGCAAACUAAUGUAAAUACUAUCUGCAUUAUGUCAUUAUCGCACAAAUCCAGCUAUAAGAAUGGACUGCAUGACUUUUGCAUGCCCUGUAUAGUUGUAAAUAAUGAUGGGAAGAUGGACAAUUAUGGAAACAUGUACUGCCAUUACUAUCUAAAAUAAAUUAAAAUGUAAAUUCUUGAAA